AUGGCAGCCAAGGCAGGAGAGCUCAAGGUGCCUUUCAUCCGAGAUGACCAUCUGACACGGUGCAUGCGGCUGAGAGUCCAGAGCCUACAUCAGAAAAAGGAGAAGCCGCAGGAUGGGGAGAAGCUGCUGCGUCCCAACGAGCACAUCUACCGAGUGGAUUUCAUCCAGCAGCACAACUUGCGCUUCCUCCGCUGGGAGAUCCAGCUGGAGAAAACUGGGAAGGUCACAGUGACCGGUACUUCCCAGCAUUGGACUCCUGAUCUCACCCACCUUAUGAACCGGCAACUGCUGGAGCCAGCAGGCAUCUUCUGGAAAAAGCCAGGGGCCAAGGAGGUGGAGUGCAAUGAAGCAGAUGCCCAGGAAUUUGGGGAGCGACUGGUGGAGUUAGCCAAGAUCCGCAAGGUGAUGUAUUUCCUCCUGACUUUUACUGACGGCCUUGAACCAGCUCAGCUGAAGGGCUCUGUCGUGUUUAAAGCCUGAUAUCCUCUUGCUCAGCCCACCUUGCUCCAGCUAUGUUUUUGUCUUCAUUUUUCUUUCUCUUAGUUCAGUUCUUGGUCGUUUUUGUGUAGUUCUUCGUCAAGGGACGACAUUGCAAAAAGGUGUCGAACAGCCUCACAGCACUUCUGGAGAUGCCUUCCCCACCUUCCC